CCCAAAAAACAGUAAACAGUGAUGCCCAUGACUUCACAGCCUGUAAGAACCCUUGAAUAUCUGAGAGAGAAAGCCGACAAUUAGAGAUAAUUCCAAGCAAUCCCAUGUGGGAUUCAUCCUUUUUCACUCACUCAUCUUGAUCAUCAUCCCAAGCUUCUGUCUUCUUGUUCUGCUCUGCUCACUUAUAUUCUCUCUGUUCUUCCCCUGAACUCUGAACCAGAGAGUGUCACUUUCCUGAGAAAUUUCCCUGUUCAGAUUUUCUGGGCUUUUUAGUUUCUGUCAUGUGGGAUUCAGAGAGCGAGUCAGCUGGAGGAAGAGAUUACAGCAAUGGAGUCCUCACUUCCAGCAAACAUGCUGUAAAGACUGAUGGGUUUGAGCAAAGAGGCAAAUCUUGGUAUGUUGCAACUGAUGUUCCAACUGAUUUCUUGGUUCAAAUUGGAGAUUCUAGUUUCCACUUACACAAGUAUCCCCUGCUUUCUCGGAGCGGGAAGAUGAAUAGAGUCAUAUAUGAAUCACGAGACGCAGACUUAAACAAAGUACUUUUAGAUGAUCUUCCCGGAGGACCCGAGGCUUUCGAGCUAGCAGCGAAAUUCUGCUAUGGAAUUGCUGUCGAUCUCACUGCAACAAACAUUUCAGGCCUAAGAUGUGCAGCAGAGUAUCUAGAAAUGACAGAGGACUUAGAAGAAGGCAAUCUAAUCUUCAAAACUGAGGCGUUUCUCAGCUAUGUCGUCUUAUCAUCGUGGAGAGACUCAAUUCUCGUAUUAAAAAGCUGUGAAAAGCUUUCUCCGUGGUCAGAAAACCUCCAAAUCGUGAGAAGAUGCAGCGAGUCAAUUGCAUGGAAGGCUUGUGCCAAUCCAAAAGGAAUUAGGUGGGCAUAUACCGGGAAACCCCCAAAAGUUUCAAGCCCAAAAUGGAACGAAAUGAAGGACUUGAGCCCGAGCAGGACUCACCAACACCCAGUCCCUCCUGAUUGGUGGUUUGAGGACGUUUCGAUUCUUAGGAUCGAUCACUUUGUUCGCGUCAUUACAGCGAUUAAAGUAAAGGGUAUGAGAUUUGAACUGAUUGGAGCUGCAAUAAUGCAUUACGCGACGAAAUGGCUUCCUGGUUUGAUCAAAGAUACGGCGGGGAUGGUAGACGAAGGAAGCAAUGGCAGUAACAGCAAUGGAAGUAGUAGUAGUAGCAGCUGGAAAGGCGGGCUCCAUAUGAUCGUAGUGGCGACUAAAGACGAUAUCCCAACCGUUCAAGCGAAAGAUCAGCGACUGAUCAUCGAGAGCCUGAUAAGUAUUAUUCCGCCGCAGAAGGACAGCGUGUCAUGCAGCUUCCUUCUGCGGUUACUGAGAAUGGCGAACAUGUUGAAAGUGGCUCCUGCUUUGGUAACCGAACUGGAGAAGCGGGUUGGAAUGCAAUUCGAGCAGGCAACAUUGCCUGAUCUUCUCAUACCGUCUUAUAAUAAAACCGAGACUUUGUACGAUGUCGAUCUUGUUCAAAGGCUUUUGGAGCAUUUUUUGGUUCAGGAACAAACAGAAUGUUCAAGUCCUAGGAGGGAGUCAUUUUCGGAUAAACACAUGUAUGAAGGGACUCAAAGGGGUAACAUUGGUAUUCCAAAUGCCAAGAUGAGAGUGGCAAGGCUUGUGGAUAGCUAUCUUACAGAAGUUUCUAGAGAUAGAAAUCUCUCCCUGACCAAGUUCCAGGUCCUGGCUGAGGCCUUGCCGGAAUCAGCAAGAACGUGCGACGAUGGACUGUACCGAGCAAUUGAUUCCUAUCUCAAGGCACAUCCAACACUAUCAGAGCACGAAAGAAAGCGCCUCUGCCGUGUCAUGGAUUGCCAAAAGCUGUCAAUCGAUGCUUGUAUGCAUGCUGCCCAAAAUGAGCGACUCCCAUUAAGAGUUGUGGUGCAAGUUCUGUUCUCCGAACAGGUAAAAAUAAGCAAUGCAAUGGCCAACAAUUCUCUGAAAGAAGCGGGUGAGUCUCAGUACCAGCCCAUGAUAUCAAACAGGAAAACAUUACUCGAAGGAACUCCACAAUCAUUUCAAGAAGGAUGGGCAGCAGCUAAAAAGGACAUUAACACGCUUAAAUUUGAGCUCGAGACUGUCAAGGCCAAGUACCUAGAGCUCCAAAAUGACAUGGACAACUUACAGAGACAGUUUGAUAAGAUGGCAAAGCCGAAACAGUCAUCAGGGUGGACCAGUGGAUGGAAAAAACUGAGCAAGCUCACCAAGAUGACAACAUUAGAGACAAGUGAGACUAGCCCUCGGAUGCCAAAUGCAGAACAGACCAGAAAGGCACCUAGAAGGUGGAGAAAUUCCAUUUCCUGAGAACUAAGAGAUUGCAAAGAUGGAUUACGUACAUUUCAACUCUUCAUCGCCAGCGUUACUUUUUUUUUUUUUUUUAUAAUUUAUUGAUUUGAGUAAAUUUGGGGGAUUUAUCCCUUAUAGCAGUUGGUUCAAAAGUAGCUCCAGUCGUUUUCUGAUCUGUUUUUUAGUCUUUUUCUUAGUGAUUUCUGUAGUUCUUGUCAUUAUUCGUUGUUCUAGAGUGCAUAGUUUGUGUAAGGAGAUGCCAGUGUUAACAAACACACUUCUUUUUUUUCUAUCCUGGUAGAUAAAUUUGUUUGGUCAAACAGAAAAGAAAAGAAAAAAAUAAUGACAAGACAAACAUUUGAUUGCUAGUGACC